AUAUACUUUCCAUUUACCUCAUAAAUCCUCUCUCAGCCCUACAUUUCCUUUAGAAAACCAAAUGGUCCAUCCAGAUUAUGACAACUGUGAUGCCUUAGUAAAUUUAUUUAUAAUGAAAAUAAGUUACAUUAAUAAGUUGGAAAAUAAGUUCAUGGGUAGCAAAUAGUAUCAUUAAAUUCAUGCUAUGAAAGGUUAAAAUGUUUUGGGUACGUCUGGGUGUUUUGAUCUAAAUAAUACCAUAAUUUUCAAAGUGGGUAUUUGUAUUAGAUCAAUGCUGUUGUGAUGAGCGUCAUACUUUUGUUUGGUUUCUCUUCUAUGUGUUUAGUAAAUUACUUGAAUUUCCUCAAGAAAUGCAAGAAUUGUAAUGGCAAAUAUCAAUACAUUUUCAAUUUGAGAAUACGUUUUCAUACAUUUGUACUGUUUGCACUCAAAAAGUUUGUUUUCUUCUGAAUACAAUCGGUUUAAGCGGUAUCAGCGAUAACCUAUAUAUUAUUUACUUUGUAUCGGAUUUGGUCAAAUUGUAUUUCUAGAAAUAUGACCGAGUGAGCGCUGUUGUCAGCAAACUGUCUUUGAAAUGUUCUCCGGUAACCUUGACAACGAGAAUUUAGGCAGUUAGGAGAAAGUAAACGCUCACGAGUUCUUCUGAAAGCUUUGUAUUUUGGAAAACUUUCUUCUAGUAAGUAUUUACCUGUUUGGGUGACCCUCACGCAGGUGUUUUGAGUAUUUUGACAAAAUGUCCGGAUUCUUCCAGUUGUUGAUGAAGAAGAAGGAGUUGAUUCCUAUUGUGGGAUUCAUGGCUUUUGCUGCUACAGGAUCAUCAUCAGUUGCCAUCUAUUUUCUGUUCCACAAGAAUGAUGUGAUUUUGAACAGGACUUCAAAUCCAGAACCUUGGGAACGAGUGGACCCAUCAAAACCUCAAAAGUUUGUCACCAUCAAUCAGAAGUGGGAACCAGUGGAGACUCUGGAAAUGGUGAAGUCCAUGACCAAAUAAGAAAGGGGAGCAAGCAUGAUUUCUGAAGUUGUUUUUUGUUAUUUUUGCCUGACCACAGCUUGAGAGCUGAUUAUUAUUAUUAUUAUUUUUACUUUAACUGUUAAUUUUACUGUCAGAUGCCUCAAAUAUAAUAAAAUAUGUGUUGCUGUCUGAAUAUAAAAAGAUAUAACCCCCGACUAUUGCGCAGUAUAUUUUCAAUAAAGCCGAGCUUUUAUGUGGCUUAGAGGAGAAGAUGGUUUCUGUCUUCAUAUAAUUCUCUCAUGACUAAAGCUAAAGUUACAACUCUGGUCAGAAGUUUCUAUAUACGUUAGUCAUCAUAAUCCAGAGUAUAGUUUGUUCUUUGGUUUUUCCGUUUAAACACAAAACCUGGGGGGAAAUUGCAUUGUUGUUUUGUUUUGUUUUUCCAUUCUUCGUGUUUGUAUCCAUGAGGAGUUUGCAAUAAACCUGAAGGAUUUUAAUACACAAGCUGGUGGUGCCCUGUCCCAGAGGUGUGGGACCUCCUGGAGUCGGGAACUCCGUGUUGGUUCACAGGGUGGUCAUGGAGGUAGGAGCAUUUUUAUUUUUACUGAUUCAUUUUUUCAAGUCAGCGAUUGGGACACGUUUUCCAGUCACUGACUUAAAAAAAUAUAUAUUAAAUGAUUGUGCUGGUUAGACAUCGUUGUUAUUUUAGUAGUCAAAUGGGUUUCAAGAGAUGUGAAACAAAUAUCCUGUAUUUCAUGACAAAAGAAAUGACUAACUUCUUGUGUUCAAAAAUAAUUAUUCCUGAGUGAGUCUUUAAAAAUCACAAGAGAUCUGUACAGAUAUAUUUGAGUUUCUUUCAUGUUUUUUGAAAGUAACUCAAGAAGUUAUUCUUUAAGUAUUUAAUUUUCUCAUUACAUCGCUUCAUCCUGAUGUGUCAAAAUCUAGUUUGAAAACUCUACUUUCUAUAUUCGUUGUAUCUGAUUUAAGAGAUUAUAGUUUAAAUUGUUACUUGAAAUGAAAACAAUAGAAAGGUGAAGUCUACUAAUGAACUUAGCCGGUGUGAUUUUCAUAUGUCUGCUAAUGUUCACUUACCGGUGUAUCCCUGAGUAACAGCAGUGUUCUCCUAUGCCAGGCUAUAAACAAAUCAGUUUUAAAAUAAAUGUUAUUUUUAUGUAA